UACAAUUAUUAUGUCUCGUGUAUUUUCAUGGCGACGUGUUUGUCCCGAAAAGGUCCAGUCUCGCAUAGAAGAGGCGCUUCAAUCAAGAAUUUAUCUUCUAAACCAGACGGGCCCCACAGGGUUUAUUCUGCGACAAGAAGGAGCAGCAACGAAAUACAGAGUCGUUCUUGGUGACGCGCACUCGUGCUCUUGUUCUACGUUUCGUCAAGAGAAAGAGUUGUGUGUUCACAUUCUCUGGGUCAUUCUUAAGAAGUUCAGAGUCUCUCAAGACAACCCAAUUGUUUUCCAACUUUCUUUGGUCGAAAGAGAAAUCAAUGAAUUGGUAUAUCAGCAUACCCGUAUCUCGGCUAAUGCUCCCAAUGACAGCAGACCAAAAGCAGCUGACAGUCAUCACAAACCAAAAGUGGCGAUGCAACAAAAGGACAUCUCUGUUGAAGACGUUUGCCCAGUUUGCUAUGAUGAGUUGCUGGCAUCCGCAGAAGCCAUAACGUAUUGCAGUCAUAGCUGUGGUAAGAGUGUACAUGUGAGGUGCAUGAAAAUGUGGGCAGAACACCAGGCAUCAACUGGUGCAACAUCAAUCAAAUGUCCACUUUGUAGAGAAGAUUUUGGCCCAAUUGAGACGUUACGUGCUGAGGCUCGUCGUUUCUCACAGUUGCGUGUGCCUGAGGAGAGGCGUGAUGUGCAUAUUAAUGUGGCAUGUGAACAUUGCAAUGUGUCUCCUAUUGUUGGUAAAUGUUAUAGGUGUAGUGUUUGCAGUUGGUAUCACUUGUGCUCAACUUGCUUUCAUCAACAAAUUCGUGUACAUGCUGAACACAACUUUGUGUAUAAACAGAAGAGACUUAGCUGUUGGCAACCAGCCAGACGCGGUGGAGGUCAACGGUUACCAUCAGCUCUCUUGUCAGAUAUUCAGAGCAGGGAGCUGACAGCUGAUGAUUAUGACCUUCUCAACCAGCUUGAUAAUUCAGUUGUGGAGCCAUUGCCCAGACAUGUUGUGGAAUCGUUUCCUAUUGAGAAGCUGAAACCGUCUCAUCCACUACUUUCUCCUGGUGUUCAGUGUCGAGUUUGUUUGAUGCCUUUCAAGGCGCUGCAGCACGUCAGAGUUUUACCUUGCAGACACAGAUUUCAUGUGUCGUGUAUUGAUCGGUGGUUGGUCAAUGAAAGAGCUACGUGUCCAGUAGAUGGUCUUACUGUUCCUUGUGUCAUCCUCACAAGGAAGAAAAGGUCAGUUUCCAAACGACAGCAGCUACAAGAAAGUCAGCCGUGUUCACACAAAGAUAGAGAGUCAAUGUUACCUUCAAUAAUGGGCAGACGAUGUUCUAUCUCUCUUGAUUCUUCAUUUUCUCCAGCCAGUGACCGGAACACAACACUUCAGAGAUUACCAUGUGAGAGGCACAAGCAAAUGCUAAAACGUCAUGCUAUGCCUCCAUCAAUACCAUCCAGGCAACAGGCAUGCCUUCCCAGUCUUUUGGUGACAAAUGGGAUUUCAGAAAUAUCAGAAGUUAUAUCACCACUGAGAGAGCAAAGAUUAGAAACACAUUUCCGUCUUAGACCAAUGGGUGCGAGACCAUUGCAGAGUGCGAGACCAUUCCAGUCACCAAUUGCAAGGUCAUCAACUGCCAGACAUGCUGUUCGUUUUCGGUGCGUAAGAUUUGGUCAGCAACAAAUCACUUGAAAUGCUCAAUGCAUAGUCAUUCCGCGCUUGUUCAAAUAACAACAGUGUACAGUUUGCACAUAGUAUUAAUACGCAAUGUACAUGCAGAAUUACAAUGUGGAUGAUACGUUUGAGCUCAAA